AUUGUACAUAUUAUAAAUACAAUGCAUGGGAUACAGAAGAAAAACGAGACAAUUGCAGACUUUUAAAACCUGUGAAUUUAAGUUUGUCACAUGAAUGGAAAUAUCAGCUAGAAUUAUCUCUGUUUUCUUGGCCCUGACAAUUUUGAAGUUACUGCAGACUACAAGAUACGAUGGUUAUCAGGUACUGCAGGUGACACCACUAUCUCUAGAAAAUGAGAAAGAAGUCCUACAGAUUGUUCAAAGACACGACCUAAGUAUAUGGAAGAGACAAAGAGAUGGUAGAUCUAUAGAUAUACAGGUGUCUCCAAACACCAUAGAUGUUGUUACUCGAGAGUUACAGGAGACAAACACGCCAUAUUCUAGAUGGAUACAAAACAUCCAGUCAUUGAUAGAUGAGCAACAGAUUGAAGAGUAUGAAAAGGCAAAUGACUUCAAGAAUCCUGGACAAAUGUUUUCUCUAUCACGAUACAACACAUUUGAAGAGAUAUCUACAUUCGUACACAGUCUGCCAAGAACAACACUCACUGGACCAUCAGGAGAUGAUAUCUUGGUAGAUUAUAAAGUUAUUGGUCAAACAUAUGAGGAAAACCCUAUUCAUCUGAUAAAGAUAUCAAAACCUGGUUCACCGAAAAAGGCAAUAUUUUUGGAAAGCGGAAUUCAUGCCCGUGAAUGGAUUGCCCCAGCAGUUGCAUUAUAUGUAAUCAAUCAGCUUGCCUACAACCCUAGCAGAUCUACAGCUAUUGAACAACUGGUUGAUGACUUUGAUUGGUAUAUUGUUCCAGUACUUAACCCAGACGGCUACAUUUACACCCAUAACAAAGGGAGAUAUCAUAGUCUAAUAGAUCGACUUUGGAGGAAGAACAGACGACAGCCUUCGUUUGGAAAUAAUUUGACUGACAUCUGUUAUGGAGUUGAUCUUAAUAGAAACUUUGGUUACAAAUGGGGAGAAAGUACAUCAACGGGAGAUCAAUGUAAAGCAACGUAUUCUGGGCCCAGUCCAUUUUCCGAACCAGAAACAUUAGCUGUGAAAAGGGUCUUGGAGAGCAGAAAUAUAGAUUUCUUGUUGUAUAUAUCCUUCCAUUCCUAUGGACAAUACUGGAUGUAUCCCUGGGGAUACACAUCGACGUAUACUAAAGACGUUAAAUAUCUGGACAUCGGAGCUGGUAUAGCGAUAGAAGCCCUAAGACAAAAAUACAGCACAGAUUAUACAGUGGGUUCUGUUUAUAAUGCACUAUAUGCUGCUGAAGGUAUAUCUUUGGAUUAUGCCAAAGGACAAGCAGGAAUAAAAUAUUGUUAUACUGUUGAGCUGAGAGAUAAAGACCAGUAUGGUUUCCUCCUACCACAAAAUCAGAUAACCCCUACUUGCGAGGAAACGAUGGAUGGCAUUAUGGCGUUAGGCAGCUAUAUCAAAGCGUUGGAAAAAAAAUGA